AUGCUGGCGGCGACGCAGGAUGCCACGAUUCGGGAAAGUAGCCCUGCUGCCAACUCGAACUGGGCAGACAAUGAGGUCUACGGCAAGCCUGGUGGCCGCAACGUGGCACUUCAUCAGUUUGACAUGGCUGCUCCAAAGGCACUGCAGCAUGAGCUGCGCAGUGCAGCCUUGAAGCUGUAUGCCACUGGUGAGAGGAACCUUCCUGGUCGAUUUGCAGUUUAUGGCACCAACGGAACAGAGAAUGCAAACUGGCAGGAGACCACUGUCACUUGGUCGACUGCUCCUGCCCGGGGCAGCAAGCUUUCCACAGAGGUCAUUGGCAGCAAAGGCAGGUGGUUCAGCUGGGAUGUCACCCAUUAUGUUGCAAAGCAAUGGACAUCCGCUGAAAAUUUGAUCACUUUUUGGCUGGAAGACGAUGAGCUUGACUGGAACAAGGUGACUUUCGAGAGCCGUCGAGAGGGGAAUGCCAACCCGCCAGAGCUAAUUGUCGUGACGUCCAGCAUGGCUUCGCCGGCAAGCACAGGAAUUGCUCGCUCAGCCCCAGAUUGCUCAGUCGAAUCUGCUCCGGAACCAGAAUUUAUGCCUGAGCCUGAGGUGGGGACCUCCACCACGAUAUCCACGACUAGUGUGACCACCACGACAGUUACGACAGCGACUUCGGACCCUUCAACGCUUUGUGGAAUUAUGAACACCACCCGGGUGAAGCCCAGUGCAGAAACCUCACUGCAAGAAGGCAGUCCAUCCUCCUCUGGCAACUGGGGCAACAUCGAGGUGUAUGGCAAGCCGGGCAACAAGAUGAUUGUUGCAUUGCUGAGGUUCACCCUUCCAUCUACCACUUCACCGAUUCAGAUGGCUGUCUUGAAGCUGUACUGCGUGGUCGCUCGCAAUGUGCCCGGAAUGGUGACCAUCUUUUCUGCUGGCAAUGAUUGGGAUGAGGCAUCUGUGAAUUGGAACACUCGGCCAGCUCGUGGGACGAAAGUUGCUAGUCGCUUCAAUGUUGCCAGUCUUUCGGAGGAUCACUACACGGGUGACGGGGACGCGGUCGGCUACUACAGCGUUGAUGUCACCGAUUUGGUGCUGGAGACGAAGGCGGCAAGUGAGAGCACAUUAACACUUUGGUUGGAGGAUGAGGCCCUAGAGUACCUGGCACUGAAGUUCGAAUCCCGCCGCGACGACAAGGCUUUCCCGCCCUUGCUAGAGAUAGCCACAGGUGAGGCCUGCAGCAUAACGUUGUCAGGCCACCUGCAGGUGUCUGUUCCAAACGUGCUGGCGUUCCUUGCCGAUGACGUUGCCAAGAAAGCUGUGUGUGACGGUAUCGAGGCAGAGUGUGGGGCCCCUGUCGCGUCAGUGACCUGCACCUUCUCUGAGGCCAUGGCUGGAGACCUCUUUGUUGGCUACGUGGUUGACCUGCCAUCCUCGACAGGAGCUGCAGCGCAGAGCCGCGUCACAGCACUCUUGGAGACCAUGACCGCUGCUGAGGUGGAGGCCGCUGUGGCUGCGAAGAUGACCGAAGCCAAGGCUGCCAAUGCGGCCGACUUCCAAGUUUUCGUGGUGGAGAAGCUGGAGGGCAAGCCAGCUGAGCUGGAGGCCAGUGAGACUGAGACCACAAGCAAGGAUCUUGCGAGCACCUCAAGCACCACCGAUGAGUUGCAGAGCGGUAGCAGCGCAGCAGGUCGCAUCUUGGGACGACUUGCAGUGCUGAUCUUGGGUUGCCUGCUGGGGACUGGUGAUGCCACGUGA